CGCCUGCGCUAAGCGCUAAUGCGUAACUAGGUAAUAACACAGUCGUCGGCCAAACGAACGCCAGGGACUGGAAUAGUAACAUCUGCUAAAGCUAAGCUAGACGAGGGGAACCCGAGCGAACACCCGCCCCUCCAUGAAGUAUCCAGUGGUGAUUCUGCUCCUUGUUGGACUGCACCAAACCUCCGCGGGAGUACGUAUGGAUAAACUUGCAGACAGCAAGAUGUGUGGAGAUGCAGAAUGCUCAUAUGUUCUUUCCGUGGCCACAGCCUUGGAUGACUUUAUCGCUCCUGACUGCAGAUUCAUCAACAUCAAGAAGGGACAGAUGGUGUAUGUGUAUUCUAAGCUCGUACCAGAGGAGGGCGCCGGAGUCUUCUGGUCUGGAAGUGUUUACAGUGAUCACUAUGUGGACCAGAUGGGCAUCAUCGGAUACUUCCCUGCAUCUGUGGUGAAGGAGAUGCUCAAGUUCACAGAAGAUGCAGUGACUAUUCCCACGGCAGAAAUGGACUUCUUCUGUGACUGAGGCGUGACACACUACUGUAUAAUCUCCUGCUUCUCAAGUCUUGCUUUUUAGUCACUCAGGCCUUUGCAAGGAAGACUGAAGUCCAUACAAUAGUCUGACAGUCAAACCUUUGGACCAGUUACUUUGAUUAAUAAAUCUUUUCUUGUCAAUUAA